UGAUGUUUUGUAAAUUUUCAAAACAAGUAAGACAUUAUUGUUGUUUCUUUCUCCAAUGCCUCGUAUAUAAAAGAUCGGUGAAUUGAGUUACGAGUAUACGCAGCAGUCUCAACGAUCACCGCAUCUCGCAGAGCUCGAGCAAAAACAGAUUUAUAGAAUAAUGGCUGCCAAAUUCUUGCUGAUCGUUGCUGUGGUGUUAGUAGCAGUGAUGUUGGAUGUCACUUCCUCGAAUCCUGUUGCAGGGCAAGUUGUAAACAAUGGCGAGCUCGACGUGGAAGGUCUUCACGAAAAAAUGUUAUCAUCCGCCGAAGCCAAUAAAAGAGUUGUUCGGGAAUCGCAAGCCGCAUGUUGGAAGAUCAAAGGAAAAAGUAAUAAGAAAGCUUCAGCUUCGAAGGAAUCGUCAUCGUCAGACAAAAAGGCCCCCGCGGAGGAAAAAAGCGAAGGACGGGGAAAAAUCCCCAAGAACGAAAUCGGAGGAUCCGCGACAUCCACGGAUUUACCGACGAAUAUAUUGGACACCUUGAUAAAAAGUGCAAAAGAAUCGUCAUCAGCGCCAUAGCGAUGUGCGCACAACUAUUCAUAUUAACUAUUUACAAGUGACCUUUGUUUUACUAUCGAGCUCUACUAGUUUUAAAACACUAUUAUAUUAUUACUGCUAUUGCCACUAUACUAUAAUACCGACCAUUAUACUAUCGAUAUCGAACACUAUAAAUAAAAUGGAUGGUCACAAACCCAA